AUGAACCACAUUGGCAGGACGGUCACCCAUGCUGGCGCUGCGGAGAACAACACAGUGAACACCGCAACCAUUGAGAAGAAGGAUCGCAAGGCAUCGCCCCUGCAGCGGGGAGGAACCCUGCAAGGGGAGGCCGCGGCGGGCAAGGAUGCCUCUGACAAGUUCAAGGCCAUGGCCGCAGGGGAGAGCACGGCUUCCCUCCAGCCUCAGGUGGUGGACGGCAAGUUUACCGAGCCCCGCUGGAAGGAGGGGCGCUGGGUCCUGGAGUCCUUCCGCGACUCCAAGGGCAACAUGGACUGGGAUGCCGUCAUCACGGCCGAGAUGACUCGCCGGAGGAUGCUGGAGGGAAACCCCAUCCCCUCUGUCAACGAAGACCCCGUGAGGUUUGACACCUCUGAGAUCCCCUGGUGGGCCUGGGUUCGCCGCUUCCAUCUCCCAGAGGCAGAGAAGCUGAAUGGGAGGGCAGCCAUGCUGGGAUACUUCCUGGCUCUGGGAGUGGACAAGCUGACGGGUGUCGGCCUGUUGGAUCAGCAGGAGUCCUUCCUCGGCAAGGUGGUGCUGCACGUCGCCGUCUUUGGAGUGCUCCUGUUCCGCACCACCGGCGACUUCAACAAGUACAAGAACCUGUUUGACGAGGCCACAUUUUACGACAAGCAGUGGAAGGCGUCCUGGGAGGGCCAGGUUCGGCCAUCCGAGAAGGAGUGA